AAUAUCCCCAAACCCCCCAACCCUAACCUAUUUUACCUCCCUUCCUCCACCAUUUCCCCCAUUCUCUAUUUUGGUUGCUGACUUUCUCCCUCUCUCUGGUUCCGAUUCAUCGCUUGGAACAAUUUUUGAUGGAUCUUCAUCAUGCUCAGGUUCAGGAUCUCACUUCUCUCCACAUGAAGACCUCAUCGGCGGUGGCCUUGCCGUUGUCGCAAUCGGCAUGGCUCGAGGUUCGCUUGUUCUACGUCCGCGUCGCCCCGUGCGUCGUUGACAGCGUCCCGGACCACCUCACUCUCCGUCACCCUCGCCGGGAGAUCGGUGCCUCCCUCGACGUCAACGGCGUCCGUGUUCCCGCCUCCCAGACGGCGGCGCUCAUCCUCCGCCGCGACCGACUCGACCGGGAUUCGUCGGAGGUGACCUACGUCACCACCGAGACGGUUCGUGUCACCGGAUGCGUGGAUUUCGAGGUUUACGAAGAAGGUAAUAUGAUUCUGUGUGGAAACCUUGACAGAGUCGAAGGCGCGUGGAGCAACGGUACCGUGAGCGACCCGAAGACCGGUUGGGGGAUGGAUUGUUACACGGCGAUGGGUAACGGGUCGGGUCCUUGUUCGACGGCGUUCUUGCAGCCGAAGCUAGGCGUGUCUUCUCCGUCGGUGGAGGUUUACAUAGCUGGGUGUUGCGGCGGCGUGCCGGUGAUAUUGACGAAGACGAUUCAGGCGAGCCCGAGGAGGAAGGUGGCGAGGCAUGUCACCCUCGACGCUAUCCCGGAGGACGAGGAGGUCGGAAAGGAGCAAGACAUUGUUGGUGUUGGUGGCACCGGUAAUGGAUUGAUCCGACAACGGAAGAUUGUGGAAUCAGAAGUUGAUGAUUACGAGUUUGACAUGAAAGUCGGACACAGAUACUACCCGGAGGAGAUGUACACCGAUGAGGAUGGGCAGCUCUCAUGGUUCAAUGCCGGUGUCAGAGUGGGUGUAGGGAUAGGCCUUGGAAUGUGCCUCGGUGUUGGGAUUGGUGUCGGCCUGCUAAUGCGUUCAUAUCAAGCAACGACCCGGAACCUUCGGAGGAGGUUUCUCUGAUCAUAAAAUCCAUCUUUUUUUAGAGACCCAAGAGGCAUAAAUCUAAAUAUGAUAAAAGAUUGCCAAGAUUCCUGAAGAAGAAGUAAACAACAACAAAGGAGUGUGGCAGCUAUGAGCGAAUAGCAGGCAGCAGACGUUGUAAAAAGAAAGCUUGAUCAGAUUUUGGUAGAUAGGGUUGGUAAGAUGUACAGAGUUUUCGCACUUUCGUCACAGGUGGAACUUGAAGUUGUGACCGACCGGCUUUGUUCACAGGGAGCUAAAGCAGCAGGAGAGCUCAGGGCCGAGGUCUGUGUUUAGGUGUUUUUCUUGCUUGAAGAGCUUAAACUUUGUGUGGGGAGAGAUUCUGUGUUGGUGCCAAAUCUGGAGUUUGUCGGGUUUUGGUAGGAAAGUAUGUACAUGAUGUAACCUCAAGAGAAAGCCCUACGCAAUUAGUCGACUCCAUCUGUCCCAAAUGACACUGUUUCUGAUGAGGAGAUUGAGAAAAGUGGAGUCAGUGAAGAAGACGAACAGGGACAGCAACCUAUCAAGAAUCGUAAUUAAUCAUUUUCAACUGAAUUGGAUUGGGUAACAACAACUACUCGGUUCUUUUCGGUUUACGGUUUUUUAGUCUCGAAUCAAAAUGGUUUCCUCGCAGUAUUGACUGUUCAACACCGAAAAGACGAAAAUACCCUUCCAGAGAUAUAUUCACGGGUUAA